CGAGCCAAGAAGAAACCUGCUCCAGUGAAGUAUGAAGUUGGAGAUCUAGUCUGGGCUAAGUUCAACAGACGACCGUGGUGGCCCUGCACAAUCUGUCAUGAUCCAGUGCUCGACUGUCACUCAAAAAUGAAAGUUUCCAAUCGGAGACCAUAUCGAGAGUACUACGUAGAUGCCUUAGGAGACCCUUCUGAGAAAGCCUGGGUUGCAGGAAAAGCUAUUGUACUUUUUGAAGGCAGAUAUCAGUUUGAAGAGCUACCUGUCCUUCGGAGAAGAGGGAAGCAAAAAGAAAAAGGCUACAAGCACAAGGUUCCUCAGAGGUUUAUGGCGAAAUGGGAAGUCAGUGUUGGACAUGCGGAAGAAUUCCUUCUCAAGGGGACUGAGGAUCAAAAGUGUAGUCAGAAUCCCAGCAAGCUGAACAGUGAGGAUGUGCUGUUGGAAUCCUGCACUAAUGGCCCUGUAAUGGAACUGGACAGGCAGCUGAACGGCUGUUUUAAAUCAUUGGCGUUUGACUCCAAACACUUAGCCAGGGAGAAGGGAAGGUCAUGCACUAAAUCACAAGCGAAAAAGAGCUCAGACAGCAGGAAAAGGACUAGAGUAAAAAAGAGCAGCACCAGACUGGAAGCAUCUAGGAGAGAAAUUGGAGGAAAGGCACCAGAGAACAUAAUUAGAAACAGGGUUGCUGGGGACCUGCCGGAUAAACAUGCAUCACAUGAACUUUGCCGGAUAGCAAACAGCCUAACAGCAUCCAAUGGUGCCGUGGAAAACUACUUGCUCUCUUCUUUUGGAGAAAGACGUUUUGAAAAGACAACCUUGAAACAGGAGUAUCAGGCUCCUCAUGGUGACUCCCUACGGGACACACUGAAAGUGGAUUUGCUUUCUAGCAGCUCUACAGAGAAAGAGAAAAGCCCCGUAGGCAUUCUUUGCAGUUCCAAAUUACAGGUACACUAUUCUACAGCUGACACUUCUAUUGAGAAAAAGCAAACGGAGUCCGAUUCGCUGACUUCCUUCUCAGAUGAUGGGACUAGUGAUCUAGAUACCGGGGACCAAAGUUCUGAGGCAGCCUGCAGUGCCCUGGAGAUUAGUGACUCUGCAGAUAAAGAAGAAAAGGAAUUCUUUCCAGGGAUGAGGGGAAGCAGUAAAUGUUCCAUGUAUCUCUCACAGAACAGCAACAGAAGAGCUAGGAAAAGGUCAUCUAGAGAUCACAGAACUCCAGCAGGCCCUAUAGGUGGCAGAAGUGAUGCUGAAUCUGUGGAUGGGGAGCUCCAAGGAGCAGUCUCGGACACUGAGAUGCCUGUUAUUGCUCUGGAGUGUACUUCAGCUAUGAGAAAUGACCAUCUUUCCCUUGCAGAUAAGCACCCUACACCCCAGAAUGUUUGCCGGGAGAGCUCCCACACUGGGAUUACAAAUCAACUGAAUUUACACCUGAAAAACAUCAAAGUGCCCCGGCUCAUAAGUAUAAGAAGCAAACACAAGGAGAGUGCUGCUGGGACAGAACCCCCUCUGCUAGAAGAGGAAUGUGGUGUGAAUUGCUGCUCUUCUGACACCAAAGGUUUCACUGGUCCACCUGCCAAGAGCGGGAAAGUUGAUAGUCAGGAACCAUUAAAUAAUGUGCAUGAGAGAGCCAGGGAUUCUGCUGAAAUAGAGACCGCCGUGGUGAAGCAUGUCCUCUCAGAGCUGAAGGAACUGUCCUUUAGGUCCCUUGGUGAUGAAGCUAGUGACUAUGGGGCACCUAAGACCACAGCACCCUUACUCUUCUCUUCUGCCUCUGGGCAGAGUCGUUUGCCCAUUGAGCCAGACUACAAAUUCAGCACCUUGCUAAUGAUGUUGAAAGAUAUGCAUGAUAGUAAGACAAAAGAGCAGCAGCUGAUGUCAGCUCAGAAUAUGGUCCCGUAUCGAAAUGCUGGCAUGAGCAGCUCCUCUGGAAGUAAUUCUGCAAGUGGCUUGAAGGCUUUGGGUACAAAAGGACCCGCUUAUAAAUUAGAAAAAAAUGGGGAUUGCGUUCUGGAAGCAACAUGUCAGAACCCCAGUGCGAGUGAAUCCUCUUUUUCGUGCAGCACUACAGCCAAGAUAACUGGGCGGAGUACUAACAAAAGGGAGCCCACAGAUCCUGCUCUUUCUGGUACGAAUGGCACAAACUGCAUCUCAAGACACAACUGUUCACAAUCUAAGCAGUCAUCCAAGCUAGUAGAUAAUGCAACAUCAGUCAGAAAGGAUUUAAAGCUAGAAGGGCUGAGCAAGCCUCUAAAUCAGGUCUCCAGUAAUAUAGCGGAGAAAGCAUCCCUCCCACGCAGGGUUAGGCAGGGAUUGGUUCCUAGUCUUGUUUAUAAUGAAAUAGAAGAAACUGCAAGGAAAGAGUCUCUUGAGUUAAUGGAGCACUCCACUGAUGAAGACUCUGCAUGUUCAUCUGAUGACAAUUUAGAUCAUAUCAGGAAGAGGACUGAACCUGAUAAAAAUACUGAGAGUUGCACUUCUGCUGAAAAUGCACAUUCAGAAAAGAAACGCCUUAGGAAGCCGAGCAAACGGCUUUUGGAAUAUGCAGAAGAAUAUGAUCAGAUAUUUGCACCUAAGAAAAAGUCAAAGAAGGGCCAGGAGCAAUUGCAAAGGGUGAGUUCCCGGGAGAGGUCUGAGCUCAAGGGAGAGGAAAGGCUUCCAGCACGAUGCAGUCGUGGAAGUGAUCUCCGGAAUGUGCAGCUGGAGCAGAACCCUCUGGUGUCAACUCCAUCUUCCUCUUCAACCAAAGAUGCUCCUCCAGUCCUUGAAGCAGAACAUUUGCUGUUAGAAGAGCCAGUAUCCCAUUCCUCUGAGCCCACUGACCUACUCAUAGAUGGACAUUCAGACUUGCCGGAGCUGAUGUUAUCUUCCCCUGAUGUGUCUGAAGUUUCUGCUUGUUCUCUGGAGGCAGAGGAACGUUUCCUGAAAUCAGGGAACUUGAAGAGGAAGCGUCAGAGGAAGCCAACUAAGAAGCUCUUGGAAUCCAAUGAUUUGGAUGCUGUGUUUAUGCCAAAGAAGGAGGGGUGGACUCCUCCAAAGAAGUGUUUUGAUGCUGGCCCUCUGGAGAGUGACCUUUCUGAAUUUUAUGCCACACCCCAGUUUUUGGAUCUCGGAGAAGCUCCUGACAGACUCCCUGAGAAGCCGAGAAAGCGCAAGAGACAGCGAUACUCCCCAGCCACAGCGCAUUACAAGAAAGGAAGGAGUGACGAUGCACUGGGGGAAGCUCCUGGUUCUGAGGGGGAGAUACCUAUCCAUGGGAGUGCUGCAAGCCCCAAGGAGCUCAAUGAGGAUGGGUCUGAGAAUGACCAUGGAGUGCCUUCAUCCAAAAGGAUGCAGGGGGAGCGAGGAGGAGGAGCAGCCCUCAAGGAGAACGUUUGUCAGAUCUGUGAGAAGCCGGGGGAGUUGUUGCUGUGUGAAGCGCAGUGCUGUGGUGCUUUCCACCUGCGGUGCCUCGGGCUCUCAGAAAUGCCGAAGGGCAAGUUCAUCUGCAAUGAGUGUUCGACAGGCGUCCACACCUGCUUUGUGUGCAAGAGCAGCGGGGAGGACGUGAGGCGGUGCUUGCUCCCCUUGUGUGGGAAGUACUAUCAUGAAGAGUGUGUGCAGAAGUACCCACCCACAGUCAUGCAGAACAAGGGCUUUCGAUGCUCACUGCACAUCUGUAUGACCUGUCAUGCCGCUAACCCAGCGAACCUUUCUGCGUCUAAAGGUCGCUUGAUGCGUUGUGUUCGGUGUCCAGUGGCAUACCACGCCAACGAUUUCUGUCUGGCUGCGGGGACAGUGAUCCUCGCCUCCAACAGCAUCAUCUGCCCCAAUCACUUCUCUCCACGGAGGGGCUGCCGAAACCAUGAGCACGUCAAUGUCAGCUGGUGCUUUGUCUGCUCAGAAGGGGGCAGCCUUUUGUGCUGCGAGUCAUGUCCAGCUGCUUUUCACCGCGAGUGUCUGAACAUCGAGAUGCCUGAGGGAAGCUGGUACUGUAACGACUGCAAAGCUGGCAAGAAACCACAUUACAAGGAGGUGGUCUGGGUAAAAGUCGGGCGCUACAGGUGGUGGCCAGCUGAGAUUUGCCAUCCUAGAACUAUUCCUGUAAAUAUCCAAAAGAUGAAACAUGACAUUGGCGAGUUUCCUGUGCUGUUUUUUGGGUCCAACGAUUACCUCUGGACGCACCAGGCUCGGGUGUUUCCCUACAUGGAAGGCGAUGUGAGCAGCAAGGACAAGAUGGGCAAGGGAGUGGAUGGCAUUUAUAAGAAAGCUUUGCAGGAAGCGGCUGUGAGGUUUGAAGAGCUGAAGGCACAGAAAGAACUGAGGCAGCUGCAGGAAGACAGAAAGAAUGAUAAGAAGCCUCCUCCCUACAAACAUAUCAAGGUAAACAGACCAGUGGGCAAGGUGCAGAUCUUCACAGCAGACCUGUCUGAGAUACCACGGUGCAACUGCAAACACAGCGAUGAAAACCCCUGUGGCCUGGACUCGGAAUGCAUCAAUCGCAUGCUGCUGUAUGAGUGCCAUCCCCUGGUCUGUCCGGCUGGGGAGCGCUGUCAGAACCAGUGCUUCUCCAAGAGGCAGUACCCAGAGGUAGAAAUCUUCCGCACGCUGGCACGAGGCUGGGGCUUGCAAGCCAAAAGGGACAUUAAAAAGGGUGAGUUUGUUAACGAAUACGUGGGAGAGCUGAUUGAUGAGGAGGAGUGUCGGGCACGAAUCCGCUACGCACAGGAGCAUGAUAUUACCAACUUCUAUAUGCUGACUUUGGACAAGGAUCGAAUCAUCGAUGCCGGACCGAAGGGCAAUUACGCUCGAUUUAUGAACCAUUGCUGCCAGCCCAACUGUGAGACUCAGAAAUGGUCCGUGAAUGGCGAUACGCGGGUUGGGCUCUUUGCUCUUGUCAAUAUCAAAGCUGGGACUGAGCUGACUUUCAACUACAACCUGGAAUGUUUGGGGAAUGGAAAGACAGUUUGCAAAUGUGGUGCUCCGAAUUGCAGCGGGUUCCUAGGAGUACGGCCAAAGAAUCCCCCUAACCUUACAGAGGAGAAGUCCAAGAAGUUCAAAAGACGGCAGCAGGUGAAGCGCAGGUCACAGGCAGAGGUCAUGAAAGAGCGAGAGGAUGAGUGCUUCAGCUGUGGAGACGGAGGGCAGGUAGUUUCGUGUAAGAAGACAGGCUGCCCCAAAGUGUACCACGCAGACUGCCUCAACCUGACCAAACGGCCAGCAGGGAAGUGGGAGUGCCCUUGGCAUCAGUGUGAUGUGUGUGGCAAAGAAGCAGCUUCCUUCUGUGAGAUGUGUCCCAGCUCCUUCUGCAAGCAGCACCGGGAGGGCAUGCUCUUUAUCUCCAAACUGGAUGGACGCUUAUCGUGCACAGAGCAUGAUCCCUGCGGACCGAACCCUCUAGAGCCAGGGGAAAUCCGUGAGUAUGUGCCUCCCACAGUCCCGCCGGCUAGCCGUCAAAACACGCAGCCCUCUGACCAUCAGCCUGCAGCCCUGGGCCUCAGGCGUCCGCCUUCUGACAGGCUUCCUCUGGCCGUGGCCCUGAGGCUGCAGCCGUCGGACAAGCCCUGCUCAGCCGUGGCCCUGAGGCUGCAGCCGUCGGACAAGCCUUGCUCUGCCGUGGCCCUGAGGCUGCAGCCAUCGGACAAGCCUUGCUCCGCCGUGGCUCUGAGGCUGCAGCCGUCGGACAAGCCCUGCUCUGCCGUGGCCCUGAGGCUGCAGCCGACGGACAAGCCCUGCUCUGCCGUGGCCCUGAGGCUGCAGCCGACGGACAAGCCCUGCUCUGCCGUGGCCCUGAGGCUGCAGCCGUCGGACAAGCCCUGCUCUGCCGUGGCCCUGAGGCUGCAGCCGUCGGACAAGCCCUGCUCUGCCGUGGCCCUGAGGCUGCAGCCGUCGGACAAGCCAUGCUCCACUGUGGCUCUGAGGCUGCAGUCAGAUAAACAACCCACCAUUGUAUCCCUGAGGCUUCAGCAGUCAGAGAAGCCUCUUUCCACCACAGGCCAGCAGCCUCCGCCCUCAGAUGAGUCUCCUUCCGCUGCUGGAGCUCCACCGCCUCCUCCCGCAGAUGAGUCUCCAACCAAGGGGCUGCAGCCUCUUCCCUCGGACGAGUCUCCCACCGCUACCCAGGUUCAGUGGCCUCAGCUGUUGGGCGAGUCUCCCAUCAAGGGCCCGCAGCCCCUGCUGUCAGAUGAGGCUCCCGCUGCCGGGGCCCUGCGGUGUCAGGCGGUGGACAGGCCUCCCGCAGCUCCAAGGCUGCUGCUGUCUGAGAAAGCGCUGAGGCCCGGGGAUCAGCCAAAAGAGAGAGUAGUGUCAGCGGUGGAGCCGCAGCAGAAAGAGCGAACUUGUUUAGCUGAGGAGCAGACCUCUCGGCCUGCAGGGAAGGCAGUGACACACGUGGGGCAGGCACCUCGGCCCAUGGAGAAAUUGCAGACCUAUGAGCCAAUCCACUGGCCCACUGUGGAAGCACUGACGCCCGCGGAGCAGUCCCCUCGCACCACAGAGAAAUUACAGACACCUGAGCCGCCGACUCAGGCUGACCGGGAAGUGGCAUCAGCACCCACAGAGCAGAGCCCUUGGACCGCAGAGAGGUUACGUACAUUUGAACAGAUCCCCCGGCCUGCCAGGGAAGCACCAGUGCCCCCAGAGCAGGCUUCAUGGCUUGCCAGGAACAUUCAGACAUUUGAGCAAAUCUCUUGGCUCUCUGGAAAAGCACAGACACCCCUGGGGCAGGCCCCUUUGCCUGAGCAAAACAUAGUGCUAGUCCAUAACCAGGAUUCUCCCCGUCAGGAAUUGGCUGAAUCGAAACCGAAGUGAAGUCAGUGAAUGAGGCAGGCAGGUUGCAGUCGGUUUGUUUGGGGAGAGGGAUUUUCUUUGUUUUGUUUGUUGUUCACGUCCCUGAGCCCAGCCUCAAGCCCAGGCGCUCUCAUGACAUAAGCAAGGACGUUUACCUAAACCGGAGUGUGGCCCAGCCACGGAAAGUGAGCAUCAGCGACCUUUUCCUCUUCCUUUUAGAAACGGUAACGUUGAAAUAAAGAGUCCACUCCGGAUAAAAUCUCUAAUUCCAUUGAAAUGGUCACGUUCCUGAUCUAGCGCGUCUGCAUCCACAAGGGCUUUCCCAAACAGCUAAGUGGCCCUGAGGAAGCAAUUCCCUUUCUCUUAACUGUUCUGAGUGGAAGCAGAACAGCUAGUCUGAACUGGGAUCUCAGACGUUUCCAACGAUUAAAUGGUGCACAGAGUAAUUGGACACGUGUCUUUGCUAGACUCUGAAGAGGGGAAGGGAUUUAGCACUUGUGCUGCCCAAUUCUCCUUCCCCACAGGGUUUUCCUUUGCAAGUGUUUGCCUGAGUGUGCGCAUUGGUAUGUGUCACCAGUGCAAGGCUUACCAAAACACAGGUGCUGUUGUAAAAUGGCGGAGUCCCGUGGAGUUAGUGGAGGAGCCUGCUCCUGCCAGACUGUACAGUUCAUUCCAGCGUGGGCAAGAGAACUGCUCCUGCGCAGGCCCUGUGAUUGGGGGUGGGGGGAGAAGGUCUCUGAAGAUACCAUGUGCCAGGAUUCUCACUCUUGGAACUUAGCUCUGUCACGUGGGACAGGCGGAAUUGCCACUGCACAUACAAAGCUGUGAGCUCGGGAGGCAGCGGUAGCAGGGUGGAGCAUGAGUAAGGAUGCCGAGCACUGCCUUUGUCAGGGGAGAGGCGCUGCCCUCGGAACGCUCCAGGCAGUUCCUUCUUCACCUUGCUUGUUACCAUGAACUAGCAAACUAAAUAGUCUCUUCCUCCCCCAUCUCAACCACGUGCUUAGGAGUCCUGUUCGCAGAGUGGCUGGUAGCCCUAGCCCAGUGAAUUCUGUGGAAUUCACUCCGUAGUGCAGAGUCAAGAAGCUACUUCAGAAGGCAUGGUGUAUCCAGAACGGAAAACCAUGUCAACCCCGUUCCCCUUGGUUAGCCUCUGUAUUUCCAACCAAAAAUCCCCACAGGAGACUUGAAUUACCUGGACUAUGUUGAAGUGUUUGUGUGUCAGAAAACCAGCCCCUCAAGGUAAUAGUUCUCACACUGGAACACAAUGGCUCUAGCGCCUGGCUGGCCUCUCUCUUUUCCACUCAAGGUAGCUAUGCUGGUGACUUGCCAGGCUGAUAUUCCGAAUAGACCUGAUGGAGGUAGUGACAUUACCUGCCUGCUAAGGCAGGAAUACGCUCUGCUAUGGCACUGAUAAGGUGUGUGGUAGAAUUCCAGGCAGGGACUUAGGAAGUGACGCUUGUGACCUGCGAAGCAGUGGCCAGGCAGUCUGCAUUCGUGCUGCCCACGGUUAGUGCAGUGUGCUGUGCCAUCGGGAAGCACUGUCUGAUCAGCACGGCCUCCCAACACAUUACCUACGUUACACGCCUGAGCGCCACUGACCUGGGCAGCAGGAGUCCAGCUUCAGCCUAUGUCCCCCAUUGUUUCAGAGAGAGCAGUAGGUCUCUCCCCAGAGGGGGGAGCCCUAGUUCGAUACUAGCCCCUUUCCUCUGACUCGGGAACAGGUCAAGGCUGGCGUUCAGCUCGCAUGUUCGCACUGCUCCAAGAGAGGGCGAUAAUUAGCUUUGCGGGUUUCUGUGAUAGGGAGAGAGAUCUCUGUAACAAGGCAAAUCCUGCUCCAGUCUCCUUUCCAAAGUCAGCUCCCCAAGAGAGUCCCCCUCUGGGCAGUGCUGUCGUGUGUCUCCUCUCCAGUCUGAAUCGCUUCAGACCCCUCUGUGUAGCUCGUGACUUGGAAAAGCUGUAUGGCUUAUGGAAUCUUAGUGUUUAGUGUUUUUCCAUGAAGACCUGCAGGUCAGUCCCUGAUCUCUGCUGAGCUGGGGGAGAUGCAAGCAGCUAUUGUUUUGCGUGACUCCUGCACAGAGGGAAUCAGGAUGUCUCCUCAGAGCCAUUGAGAGAGGAUAAACUAAGGGCAUUUUAUUAAGUUUUUAAAAUAAAAACAAAAUUACAAAAAAAAAAAGGUAAUGAGGUUCCGUAUGUUAAGUAUUUAUCAUGUGUGAGAAGGAAAAUAAAUCUCUAAUUUACA